AUGAGACACGCUGUUGGCGAGGGCUUCCUCGUCGUGCCGUGCCCCAGGGCGCUGACCUUCACCGCGGAGGAACCGCAUCGGUUGGCCGAGCGGGCCAAGGGGGACUGCUACACGAAUCGUGCUCACAAGACCCAGGAGCUUAUUGUCUGGUUGAAGUCGGCUUACUCAACCGACAACAAGGGCUCUUUGCCCAAGGAAGAUGUAUACGUGGACUACCUCAACUUCUGCGUGAUGUCCGACAAGGAGCCCUUGUCCAAGGCCAUGCUCGGCAAGAUCUUGCACCAGGCCUUUCCCAACAUUGCCUGCAACCGCCUGGGGCCGCGUGGCCACACGAAGCACUGCUACAAGGGCCUCCAGCGCAAGCCUUUGGGGGGCGACGUGCCCUGGCAGAGCAUGCCUGCAGCAGUACCAGACACCACAUCCGUGACCCCCGUCUUGCCGUCCUACGUCGAAGUCAGCGCGGCGAUAUCUAUGGGCACUGGUGUUGGGGCAGACGUCAGAGCACGGCCUGCGAAGAGAGUCAAGGUAGCGAGGGGAGAAGAUCGUCUUCCAAGCGGAUCGUCGUCUGCUUCCCGGAGGUACUACGGGGAGGACGAGGAAUCCGACGCCGACGAUGAGAGCGACUACGAGCAACUCGAGGCCCCCGAACACAGCAGCGAGGGCAACCAGACUAGCGACUGGGAGGGCGACGCCAGCGACUGCCACAGCUACGCCGAGCACGCCAGAGAGAUCGAAUCGGCUCAGAGACGUCAGGAGGCCCAGCCAGACUUCCAGCCCGCCCCCAACCGCGUAUCCGACAGCCUCCUCCACUUCCUCCGGGCCUCGCCCAACCGCGGACCCAGCUGUUGCGGCUGUGGGCAGGUGGAAGGCUCCUCUCCGUCGGUCAACCCUCCGCCCUACAUCAGCUUGCUCCAAGCCCACCAUCCUCUGCAGGGAGGCUACUACCCUCACUCCCAUGCCGGCCAUCCCUCGCAGCCGCUCUACUACCCUUCUUCGCAUCCUCCGCUCAUGGGGCACCAGCUCCAGACCCAGCCGUCGCUGCCUCCGAUCUUCGCGCCGAUUCACUUUACCGCGGCGCCACCGAGCGGCAUCAAGUCGCUGCUCCCCGCCCAGAGAAACCAACCCGGCCGACCGGUGGGUUACUGA